UUAUUUGUUUUUGUGCUAAUUGCAGAGAAUUCUACAGAGCCGUUUCAUUCCUGCAAUACCGUCUUAGUAAUUUCCUGGAUAUCAGAGCAAGCAAGGAAAUUGAGAAGAAUCCUUUGCAAUCUGCAUUGUAUGCUUGCGUUUUUCUGCAUUUGGAGACUCUAUAUUUUAUGGUCAUGUAAGAAACAAGAGAGCCACUGACGGUUGAGUGUUUGGGAACUUAUAUAAAUCAAUUGUUUGUUAUUCAUACAAGUAUUUUCAAUAAUGGGUUUGUUUGUGGGAUUAUUUGCUUUGCUUCGUUGGAUUUGCAUUGCUCUGUUAUUUGGUCUCUGUUUUGGUGCCGACCCAUUUGCCGAUUUCCAGUUGGAGUUCUCUUACAUUACUGUUUCUCCGCUUGGUGUCCCUCAACAGGUUAUAGCUGUUAAUGGGAAGUUCCCAGGUCCCAUUCUUAACGUCACUACUAAUUACAAUGUUGUGGUAAAUGUUAAGAACAAAUUGGAUGAAGAUCUCCUGAUCACUUGGUCUGGAAUCCAGAUGCGCCGUUCUUCCUGGCAGGAUGGUGUUCUGGGCACAAACUGCCCAAUUCCUCCAAAAUCAAGUUGGACAUACCAGUUUCAGGUCAAGGAUCAGAUUGGUAGCUUCUUCUACUUUCCAUCACUUAACAUGCAGAGAGCAUCUGGUGGAUUUGGUCCUUUUAUUAUCACCAAUCGCAAAAUUAUUCCUCUUCCUUUUACUACUCCGGAUGAGGAUAUAGUCAUCAUGAUUGGUGAUUGGUAUACUCGCAACCACAAGGCUAUGAGAAAAGGACUUGAUGAUGGAACAGAGUUGGGAAUGCCGGAUGGAGUUCUUAUAAAUGGGAAGGGACCUUAUGGAUACAACUCGACAGUUGUGCCCAAUGGCAUUGGCUAUGAGACUAUCAAUGUCGAUCCAGGCAAAACUUACAGAAUUCGAGUGCACAAUGUUGGAGUCUCUACGUGCUUAAAUUUUCGGAUUCAGAACCAUAAUUUGCUUCUGGCAGAAACAGAGGGUUAUUACACCUCGCAACAAAACUAUACUAGCUUAGACAUCCAUGUUGGGCAGUCGUACUCUUUUUUGGUUACCAUGGAUCAGAAUGCAAGUAGUGAUUACUAUAUUGUGGCAAGUGCUAGGUUUGUGAAUGAAUCAAAUUGGCAAAGAGUCACUGGUGUAGCUAUUUUGCAUUAUUCCAACUCACAAGGAAAAGCAGCUGGUCCACUCCCAGACCCUCCGAAUGAUGCUUCUGACACAUCAUUUUCACUGAACCAGGCCAUGUCCAUCAGGCAAAAUGUAUCUGCGAGUGGAGCUCGUCCUAAUCCGCAGGGUUCCUUCCAUUAUGGUUCAAUCAGUGUAACUGAUGUUUAUGUACUCAAGAGUCUGCCACCAACGUUGAUUGAUGGGAAACUCAGAGCUACAUUUAAUGGGAUUUCAUUUGUCAAUCCUGAUACACCAAUAAAGCUUGCAGAUGUAUAUGAUGUGAAGGGUGCUUACAAGCUUGAUUUUCCGAAUAAGCCCCUGGACAGGCCACCCAAGAUGGACAGAUCUGUUAUCAAUGCUACAUACAAGGGAUUCAUAGAAAUCAUCUUGCAGAACAAUGAUACAGUUGUACAGAGUUUUCACAUGGAUGGUUAUUCGUUCUUUGUGGCUGGCAUGGGUUACGGUGAAUGGACCGAAAAUAACAGAGGUUCAUAUAAUAGGUGGGAUGCAAUAUCUCGCUCUACUACUCAGGUUUUUGCUGGAGGAUGGACUGCAGUUUUUGUGUCUCUUGACAACGUUGGUGUCUGGAACCUUAGAACAGAGAACCUCGACAGAUGGUACCUCGGUCAGGAAACAUACAUGAGAAUUGUCAAUCCUGAAGACGAUGGUAACAAAACAGAAAUGCCUGUACCUGAUAAUGCACUCUAUUGUGGUGCCCUUAGCCUCAUGCAAGAGUCACAAUAUUCUUCUUUAGCAUCCACCAUACAAUUCUGCUCAAAGCUGCAAGUUGCAAUGCUGGUAAUAUCUUCCAUAGUGAUCCAUUUUCUGCUGAGCUUUACUACUUCCAGCUGGUGAAAAUCGCAAGCACUGGAACCGAGUGGCCGGGCCAGGGAGGGGUUAGGUUACUACUGGUCUUUGCUUUCAGGAUAUCCCAUUUUUCACUUCUUUUACUUGAGUUGUAACUUGUUUAUCUGGGAUCUUGCAGAGAGAUGUUGAAUUGUGCAAAAAUUUCUCAGUGCAUGUGAUCUAGUGUUACUGAAGAUAGGUGAUUGCCUUGUUAGAGACGUGUACCAUUCACUAUGUAUCCAAAGUCAUACUUUGGUGAUUAUAACUUUUUCUUUUAUUUUACUUUUGCCAACUUUGACGAUACUUCGUA